AAAAAACACAUUGAGCAUCACACCAAUCCUCAAAACAAGUAUACUACUUUCAAUCCCUAUUUUCCACUUGUCGCAUAACUCCCAUACCUAUAUAGAGAUCUACACUGAAAAUAAAAAAGAGGAAGAACAAAAAAAAAGAAUUUGAAGAAUAAAAGAAGCGAAAAUGGCUGCACCGGGACAGGAUAGUGCUAAGAAAGUGCAAGGACCUCCGCCGGAGGGGGGCUACCAGGGGACGCCGCGGCCCGGGUCAGCCACGCAGCAUUACCAGGAGGUGCUCCACCAGCAGAAGAAGCUGCCCGUCUGCCCGGCCAAGGCAGCGAUCGCGGGCUUCGCGUUCAUGUCGGUGAUCGGCUAUUUUACCCUCUAUACGAAGAAGAAGCCGGAGGCCACCGCCCUCGACGUCGCUAAGGUCACCUCCGGCACCGCCACCCCUCAGAACACUCGCCCCCGGAACUAGACCGACCGACGGCGAAUUGUUUGUUCUUUGUUGCAUGUUGUUAAUUUAUGUUAUGUUCAUUUGUAAUAUUAUUGUCACAUUUUUUUUUAUUGAGGGUCUAUAUUUUUUCAUGUGGUUUUUUAACAAAUAAUCAAUUGUUUGGGCCGGGCCA